UUAACCUGGAGAUUUAUAAAGCGUUCUCUGAACGGAAAAUGACAGGAGCUGUAUUCCUAGAUAUAAAAGCUGCAUACGAUAAUGUUAAUCGGCAAAUAUUAUUUUCUGUUAUCGACAGCUUUUCGAUUCCAACUAAGAUUAAAACAGCCAUAAAAAACUUGUUGUAUCCUAGAAGUGUAGAUUUUUAUGAAUCAGGAUGUUGGAUAGCGAAUAGAUACAUCCAAAAGGGGCUACCCCAGGGGUCUGCACUAGGUCCAUUACUAUUUAAUAUUUAUGUUAAAGACAUUCUCUGGCAAAUUCCUCAUAAUUGUAAAACGAUUCAGUUUGCGGAUGAUAUAGCGAUACUUAGUACAGAUGGUGAUUUAAACAUUAUUAAAAAUUCCUUGACAACAGCUUUCAUAAAUGUGGAGAAAUGGCUCAAUUCCUUAGGAUUGGAUAUAUCAAUCCCUAAAACUCAAGCUAUUAUUUUCAAUAGGAAAAGGUCAACUCCAAAUGAAGGAGAAUUAAUUAUAGAUACAAGAUCACUUAAACUACAAAAAGUAGCUAAAUACCUAGGAAUGACACUGGAUGAGGGUCUUCGAUGGAAAAACCAUAUUCAAUCGCUUAGAGUCAAAACUAUGAAAUACAAUAAUAUUCUGAAAUGGCUAGCUGGAUCGUCAUGGGGAGUUAAUCUACGUCAAAGCUUAAGUUUCGCAAACGCGACCAUUAGAUUAGGAGCACAAUUAGAUUGGGGAAGUAUGUGGUUCAUUAAUGCUGCAUGCUCCAAUAUAAAAGUUCUAGAAAGAAUAUUAUGUAAUGCUUUCAAGAUAGCUAUCGGUCUUCCCAGGUCGACCCCUAAUAGAGUAGCAUGGAAAUUCAGUAAUCAGAACUGUCUUUUGAAUAGAAUCAGUGCUAAAACAGAUAAAUAUAUGUGUAAACUAAUUCAGUUGAAAAGUAACGCCAUAAUCAAUAAAAUUAAGAAUUUUCACACAGUAACACAAGUCAAACAAAUAGCUAAAAGAAAUAUACCAUUUAUAGUCAAAAGAUGGCCAGUGAUCAAGCCAUAUGAAAAAUACCUGGCCAAAUGGGACUUCCAUCCUACGCAUAUCUGUCCUUUCCAGCCUGAUUUAGAGGAAGUUGAAGUGGACGUCAGAUCGGGUUACCUAUCUUUACAAUGUAACAAUCCUAAUAAUGCCUUUGUCAAUCUGAUUAAUCUUAACUGCACGUUUAAUGAUGAGAUAACAAUAUAUACGGAUGGAUCACGUACGGAGUUAAACGAUGGGAGCUUCCUAGUUGGAAGCGGUAUAUUCAUAUAUAAUUUCAACACUUGUUUUAAAUAUAAACUUAAUUCGUAUUCAAGUAGUUUCUCUCCAGAAUCAAUAGCCAUUAAAAAAGCAAUAGAAUUAGCAGUUGCAAAUAAUUGGAGUUAUAUUAAUAUUUGCUCGGAUUCUCAAAGUAAUUUGGAUAUUAUUGGGUCAUCUUCUGAAAUUUAUAGAAAUACAAUUAAAAAACUCAAUCCCACAAUUGAAGCAAUUAGAUCGGAAAUCUUGCGUUUUAAGGAUUCGGGGGGCUCAAUAAGAUUUACUUGGUGCCCCGCCCAUAAAAAUAUUAUUGGAAAUGAGAAUGCAGAUAAUGCGGCUAAAGAGGCCGCUUUAAUAGGUGAAGUAGUAGAUAAUCAAAUUACUUAUUCUGAAAUUAUUUCAUCAUUAAAAAAUAGUUACGCACAAAUUAACUUGGAUUAUCUGCACAGUAUUAACAUCGGUACAGGAAAUUAUUAUAUGAAUAGUUUUGCGAAUAUUAAUGUAAAUACAUUAUCUAAAUUUGGACUAUCUAGGAAACAUCAGUGUAUAUUAAUAAGAGUCAUAACGGGUUACCCAUAUACUAAUUCGGUUAAAAAGAAAUUUGGUUUGAGAGAAUCAAUGGAUUGCAAAUGUGGAUUUGAGGCCCAAGACUCUAACCAUAUCUUUUGGGCGUGUCCUAAUUAUAAUGAUUCAAGAAGAGUUCUAUAUGGAAAACUUUUAGAUUAUAAGUGUCAAACUCCGUUUUCAAUUGAAUAUAUAAUAUCUGUUAUUAAUAAGAGAAUAGCCAAAGCCAUGGUCAACUUUGGUUGGCAAGCUGUCAAACAUGUGUUGGUAGCAACGCCUCGCGCAAACGGACAGGUAGAACGUUUCAACAGAGUUAUUACGCCGAUGCUAGCGAAAUUGUCCGAACAGCCAAAUCGUUGGGAAAAGACUUUAAGCGCGGUAGAAUUCGCAUUAAACAAUUCUGUGUGUCGAUCGACCGGCGAAACUCCAAGUCGCUUACUAUUUGGAAUCGAUCAGUUAGGCGAAAUUAACGAUAAUUUGCGUCUUGAGUUGGAAUUGGAGGAAGAGCGAGAUUUGUCCGCGUUGCGUAACAGUGCCGCUGAAAAAUUGCAAAAGGCCAGCGAGCAAAUGGAAAAAAAUUACAAUUCAAAACGUAAACCAGCAACCAAAUAUCAGGUUGGCGACUAUAUCAUGAUUUCGAAUCGUGAUACUACACCGGGCGUAAAUAAGAAAUUAAUUCCAAAAUUUAAGGGACCUUAUGUAGUAACAAAAGUUUUAGAUAACGAUCGCUACGUCAUAGAGGACAUAGAAGGAUUUCAGGUGACACGCGUGCCGUUUACUGGAGUUGUUAGCCCCGACCAGAUGAAGCCGUGGAUACGAUACUAAAUUAUGUAUAUUGAAUAUUUAUUUAUUGUGACCGAGGUCGGCCACGGUGUCAGGACUGGCCGAGCUGUGAGCGAUAUUAUAAGUUUGACGAUGAUCAUCGAUGAUGAUCCGAGAUACCCAUUGUCACGCGUAUACAUCUGUGUCGUGCGUGAUCGUGUUUGCUCAUUCCCGUUCGAAAGCAACAAUGCGCGGUGUAGAUUCGCUCUCGACGAGCGGAUAUCCACACAUUCCGACGCGAGCUUGACUCGAGACCACUUGACUUUUGUAACAUUACUAAAUAAUGAAUUCGCCUACAAUAUAAUAUCUGUUAUUAAUAAGAGAAUAGCCAAAGCCAUGGUCAACUUUGUGGACACAAGUAAUAUUAAGAUUUAAUAUAGUUAGUUACUAUUGAUGUUGAGCUGUUGCCAGGGGACUUACCUUGCAGGUGUAACGGAGGAGAGAAGACUCCCAAUCAAAAGAAAUAUAUUAAGAAAAAAAUUUGAAUAUUCAAGACGUGAUCUACCCCAACGGUCAUUGUCUUGCAAGAUUAGUAAUUUUGGUACUGUGUCCCGCUGGGACAGAAAUCCAAAGGGUAAAGAAGAAGAAGAAGAAGGUGUGUCAAUUGUGGGGAUCCGCAUGGUCCCUUUAAAAGUUCUUGUCCCUCAUUUCAAUAUCAACAUUUAGUGGCUCAUGUAAUGGCCUAUGCCAACUGUUCUAAUUUUAAAACUAAGAGAAUUAUAAAAAAAUAGGGACAUUUCCGACGUUUUUCAGGUUAGCCAGUUGCUUAGGUCCCAGGCCUAUGCUGGAUGGAAUUCACGACUUGAUUUGGGUGUACUUCGCGGUCUGGAUAGAGAUGUGCGUAAGGAGGUGUCGAUUGAAGGAUCAAGACGUGGUUCAUUAAGAAUAACUGGAGAGGUUUAUACUAACAAUAAUACAUCGUAUAAAAAUCGGAUCCCUGAUCGUUCACUAAUUAAUCUAAACAAUAAUCAGGCGGCUCCCUCUCAGGAUUCAAUGGUUUCAUCCAUUCGACACAAGGAUUUAGGUGAUAUACACUGAUACGAGGACUAGAGGUGGGUUCACGAGGUACAAGUGAAAACGAAGAAUAUUCUAAAGAUAAAUUUGACUAGACUGACUAGAGAUAACGAGAGAAAAAGAGAGAGA